AUGGCUGAGAAGACUGAGGAAGAGAAAGUUCCAAACUCUUCAGAGAACCUGACGUGUCCACUAUGUCUUGAUAUCUUCGACGAAGCAACAAUCCUGACUUCAUGCGGACACACCUUCUGUCGGAAAUGUCUCAAGAACUAUGACCUGUCCCAUCAGGACCUUGAUCACAUGAUCUGUCCUCUCUGCAGGAAUUUAACCAAGUUGUCUGCGAACCGUGUCGAUGAUUUCCUCACCAAUGUGACGGUCAGCGGACUCGUAGACGAUUUCCACGCCAAGUGUGGAGGGAUGAAUGCUGUCCUUGAGAUGCGUCCAAAAUGCACUGCAUGCAAGUUUCAGCGAGAUGCUGUCUCAUUCUGCAGAACGUGUAAUAACUACAUGUGUGAAAAGUGUCUGGAUUGUCAUCAAAAUCUGACAGUCGUCUUUGAAGGUCACGAGAUUGUUUCCAUGCAGGAUAUCAUCAACGGGAAGGUCAGCAUCGGUCAUCUAUCUGAGAAGUGCUGCAUCCACAAACAAGAGAACAAAGAUAUGUUUUGUGAGGAUUGUAAGGUCCACGUCUGUUUCAAGUGCGUGAUCGUCGGUCAUCAAAUUCACAAAAUCAAGAAUCAGGCAGAUUUUGAGCAGGAGUUACGGCUUAAGGUAAACGACCUUGUCCAGCGUUGUGCCACUAAGAAAUCAGAACUGGAGAAAAACAUUCAGAAUGUGGAAGUACAACGCCAUGAAGUAUACAUUGCCGUGCAGAGAUUACUGGGCGAUGUCGGUCAAGCCUACAACAUCAAGGCCAAAAAGCUUGAAGACAAUCAUCGAAAUCUCAUCGAGCGCAUCAAUGCAGUAAAGCGGAGUUUCGAUGACGACCUCAACGUCUUGAAAUCCAACGAUCGAAAGAGGAUCAAGAUUAUUUGUAGUUCAAUGACACUGGUAGCUAAUGACAGACUGGGUCGUCUUGAGACAGACAGUCCUGUCUGCUCAUACCUUGCUUUGUGA